UCUUGGUUGCCCACUAACCCCUAUGCCCCUUCCCUUUCCUUUCCCUUCUCUAAUGCUAGUGGCUCUCUUUCUCACUCUCACAAUCUCACCUUCACUCUCGCCCUUUGGUUGCCCACUAGUUCUAGCCUAGCCCCUCCUUUCCCCCCCACCCCUACCUUUUUCUCUCUCUCUCUCUAAUGCUAGUGGUUCUCUCAUUACCCUCUCUUUCUACCCCACAAAGACUUUUGUGAGCUUAAACUUCUUUGAUGGUGUGUAUACAUGUUAACAGCUAAACUAGAGAUAAAGUUAUUUGGGUUUAGCAUGGGGAGAGAUGGACAAAGAAACUAACCAAGAAAACCCAUCUCUCCUCUCUAAUAAUAACGCCAAUAGCAUCACCAAAGAAGACUGUUCACCUAAAAAACAUCCUGGAAGCACUGCGGUGAUUGGUGGUGGUAGUGGUGGUGGAGGCGGCGGUAGCAACGACAGGCUUAAACGUGAUGAAUGGAGUGAAGGAGCCGUUUCGAGCUUACUUGAGGCUUACGAGAACAAAUGGGUGCUUAGAAAUAGAGCCAAGCUCAAGGGUCAUGACUGGGAAGAUGUUGCACGCUAUGUUUCGGCUCGUGCUAAUUGUACCAAGUCUCCAAAGACCCAAACUCAGUGCAAGAACAAGAUCGAGUCCAUGAAGAAGAGGUAUCGAUCAGAGUCUGCUACUGCUGAUGGAUCUUCUUGGCCUUUGUAUCCACGGCUUGACCUUUUACUUCGUGGCAGUGCACCUCCUCCUCCACAACCACCACUACAGCUGCAGCCACCAUCAGCAGUGCCUCAAGCACCUGCUCCACUUUCCACUAACCCUCCUUUAACGUUGUCAGAGCCCUCCAUGGUGGUGGUGCUGCAGCAUCAACAACCACCACCACUACCACCACCAUCUAUCCCUCCCCAGGUUCCUGGAACUGCACAAAAUUCGCAUGGGUCCAAUGGUGUUGAUAGGAUACCCAAGGAGGAUGGAGCAGGAACGAAAUUGUCAGACCAUCUGUCGGACAAGGUUGCCAUGGAGACAGAUAGCAGCACACCAGCUCUUUACAGUGACAAGGAAAAGCUCAGGUCCAAGAAACUGAAGAUGAAAAUGGAGAAAAAGAAGAGGAGGAAAAAAGAGGAGUGGGAGAUAGCUGAGAGCAUUCGGUGGCUAGCAGAAGUAGUACUGAAGUCGGAACAAGCAAGGAUGGAAACCAUGAGAGAAAUAGAGAAAAUGAGAGUUGAAGCUGAAGCUAAGAGAGGUGAAAUGGACCUCAAAAGAACUGAGAUCCUUGCCAACACCCAAUUGGAAAUUGCUAGGCUCUUUGCAGGGUCAAGUAAAGGAGUUGAUUCUUCAUUACGGAUUGGAAGAAGUUGAUGAUGAUUAGUGAAAGCUAAUUAUAUAUAUGUAUGUAUAGAAUUGUGUAUUGACAAUGAACAAGGGAGUGGCAGAAAGAGGGGAACUUUUGGAGUUAAGGGUUCAUGAGGAAGAUAUUUAACUUGUAAUACGCUAAUUAAUUAGAUAAAGAAAAUGGGGUAGGUAAAUAGCAAUUUCUACCUCAAUUUCAGCUUCUCUUAUAGAGAAAUGUUUUAAGUAUAUUUAUGCAAAGAAAAUUGUACCUGCAUCAUAUAGUAAAUGGAUGUAUAGUACAAGAAGUUUUUAAUUUAUUAAGAAAAAUCUAAGACUUGCUUUAGAAGUGAAGAAUAUGCAGCUUAUUUAAUUUUGCAUAUUCCACUUCAAUUAAAUUCGAAGCUCUAUCAGUUUUCAUGUUAUGUAUU